GUGUGCUUUCACAUUUACGAUUCGUUUCAUCCGUUCUGGAUUUUUUCGUUUAGUGAUUUGAAAGUAACAAAUGUGACUUUGAAAAAUAUGGCCAUGAUAUAAAACCCUCGAUUGUUGCUGCUGGACACAGCCUUUCCUGUAAGUAUAUGCGCAAUCUAGAGUGAAAUCUUGUGACUUGAGUUGCCUCACGGUGAAAUACACAAGAUGGCUGUAUGAGCGUUCAUCUCAGAUUGAAAAUGCAUAUAUUUGAUGGAUCAUGCUACAUUUGUUGCUCUCGUGCUGUAGCAAGGUUCAAGAGGCCUUCUUCUCUCAAAGUCUCGAUUGCAUGGAUAAAUGCUCUUAAAAAAAUUUACUUAAUCCAGCUAGUCAGUUAUAAAAUUAUUUGCACGUGCAAAUCCAUAUAGAGAGGGAUCAUGACAGCCAAGGUGAAAUUAGUUGACCUAUAUUUUCAAUUUCGUGUCGAAAACAAUCUGGAUUGAGUUUGGUUUUGUUUUCAUACUCUUUAAUUGGUCAAGAAAUUUGCUCCACUCUCUUAUAGAAACAUCAAAACUUAAUCCAAUUAAAUCUCGGUUACUUGGAUGUUAUUAUUGUCUGUGCGUUAUGAGUGGUCAAUUUAGUGAUGUGUAUUUCGCUGUACAGUGCGCUAAAUUCAAAAGUUUGUUUCAACCUAGAGAUAUGAUAAACAUCAUACUAACUUUGUUUUCUCAUUUUUUCUCUGACCAUGUUUUUUUUUUGGAAUAUUUUACUUUUCCAGAACCUCCUUCCUCUGCCAAACUCAAGUUUGAACAUUAGUUUUCCUUGGUGGCUCACUUAAUAACAAAUGGGUAGAGAUAGCAGGUUUGUGAACAAAAACUCAUUGCAUGCUAGCCUAUGUCUAAAGAUUAUUUUACCAUAACUGUAAAAAUUCUUGCUUUCUCAUUGGCUGUGAGCCACUGUCAAUAAGGUUUUAGAUCAUAAAAAUGACAUAACUUGCAACACAGUGCUCAGUUUUCCUCACCAUGUUGGAGAAAAAAUUUCUCUCAUUAAACCAAUUGCUAAAUAUGAGCUAUGGACAGUGAUGCAGGUUGACCAAUAUAUCAUUUGAAGUUUCAGUUUAUUAUGGAAGACAACCAGACUUAUCACAUUUAUAGUGAAUGAUUAGUUUUGCUUCAGACUUUAACAGCUUUGAUGAACAUGAAGAUAUAAUUUCCUGUGUUUUGAAUAGGUCACAUAAGAAGAGAUCUCGUUCCAGAUCAUCAAGUAGAGAUAGGAGUCGGCGCUCUCGAAGUCGAGAAAGAAAUAAGGAGAGGGAAAAGAAGAGAUCUCGUAGUAGGAGCCCAGAAAAAGGAAGAGCUAAAACAAGCCGAAAGCCACGAGAGCGAGAGAGAGAAAGAGACAGAAAAAGAAAACGAUCAGAAAGCAGCUCUUCUCACAGUGCAUCAUCAAGUAAAAGUCGCAGCCGUAGUCCCAAGAAAAAAGAUAAGGAGAAGGAUAGCCAGCAGAGAAAGCGUCGCUCACGAAGCAGGAGUGCAGAAAGGAAAUCAAAGAAGGAGAGGCCUCGCAGUAAGGAAAGAGACAGAGAUAAGGGGAAAGAGAGGAAAAAGCGUUCAAGGAGCCGUGAUCGCUCAAGUUCUCCUGGGGCAAGAUCAAAAAGUAGGAGUCCAGAUAAGGAACAAAAAAAAUCCAAAAGCAGGUUAGUAGAAGUUAGAAUAAUGUUUCUUUGUCUCAUCCCAAGUGAAGGAUUAAGGAAAAAAUUCUGAGUCCCCAAAAAGAAUGGAAUCUCAGACCUUCAGAUGCUGCAUUGUGUUGUUCUACCAUCUAAUGCAUUAAUUUUUAUUCUCAUGUCAGCAGAGACAAGAGGAGAAGAGAGGAAGAUGACAAUUCAGAUCGGAGCAAAGAAACUAAAAAGUCAAAGGAGGUUGGCUUAUUUGGUUGUCAUUGGCUAUACUUAAUUUAUGAUAUAAAAAAUUGUUAUUGAUUGAAUCAUUCUUUCUUCAAGAAAGAUCAACAAAAGGAAACAUUUUUUGGUUUGUCAGUGAGUUUCUCUACCUUACAGUUGAUUUUAUUUUUAGUCGAAAAAGGAAACCACAAGUUCAAGUGUUGAUGAAAAACAUGAAGAGGAUGAUAAAGUAAGUUCAGCAACUCUAUGUUGAGUUUGAUAACUUAACCCUUUACAUCCUAACAUCAGCAUGCAUAUUCUCCAUACUGUUCUCUAUACAUUUCCAAAGAGGCUAAUAAGGAGAAUUUGUUUCACUAUCAAGAGCUACUUUAGUAGGUGAUCAUCUCCUUUAUUCUCAUGACUUUCAUGUUUGAUUCAGGGAUGAUAUUGUAAGGAGAAAUUGGAUGCUGGUCACUCUUAGGGGCUAAAAGGUUAAAAGAAAACCAUUACCAAAGCAUCCAACUGAGGCUAAAUUUUCAAUAUGUAUCAGGUUUUGUUAAAAUAAUAUUGCUGACUUAUAAUAAUGUGUUGCAUGGAAAAAUUCUACCAUCUUAUGAAUUAUAAUGAAUUAAAUGUUUUUAUCUCUUGUGUCUCUUUUGCUUGAUAUGUGAGAGUGAUUCUAUGUAUUGGAAUAUUUAUUUAGAGUAUUUUUAAUAGCAAUCAGAAACCACAUUCUUUUCAUUACUGGUAAGGAUUCAGUUACACAACCAAUGUUGAUUCUGUUGUUUUUCAUCAGGAUGCCGAACAGAAAAGAUUAGAGGAUGAGAUGCAGAAGAGAAGGGAAAGGUAAUAAAUUGAAGGGAAUCUGAAAUACUAUCAUCAUAUAACCUGUCCUGUACUGUGUGUACUACCCUGUAGAAAACUAGAAUGAAAGUUGGUGUGAGUAGGGCAGAGAGAAAUGAUAUAGUAAGUUGUAUUUCUGAUGAAUUGUGAGUUUCUUGCUCUGAUUAAAGAAAAAUAAAGGGCAUGUCUUUAUUGUAGGAUCUUUUUUGUGGUUGUCCUGUGUUUGAUCCAUCAUGACUUAUUAAAGUUGAAACAAAAUUUUUGAUGUUUUUGUCACUUAGUAGUUGUACAAUAAAAUACUAAUCGACUGAGUUUGGUUGGGCCAAAUGGAAAAUAUUCAGCUCAAAUCAAAUUCUCCCUGUAGGAACUCCUCUCAGGUGUUCUACUGUUAUCAAUCUGUGUGGAAUUCUGGGUAAAUAUUUGAAAUAUUCUCACUUUGGCUUUUUGGAAUUUUCUAGAAUCGAGGCUUGGAGGGCUCAGCGUAAAAAGGAACAGGAAGAAAAACAGCAAGAGGAGAAACAACAACAAGAAAUGACAAGUAAAGAUCAGCAAAAGAAGAAAAAAGCCUGGAGCCUGGAAGAUGAUGAUGACGAUGAUGAGGAGGAAGAGGAAGAGGAGGCAGGAGAAGGAAUUAAGGAAGAGAUGCAGGUUAGCUCAAUUAAUAAUAAUUAAUGAUAAAUCAAUAAGCAAUAAUAAAUUGACAAUUAUGACAAAUUAAUUAUGAAUUUAUGAUCAACAAUUAGCAAUAAUCAACAUGGUUUGCAAGUUUGUCUAAUGAUCUUAGGAUUUAAAGGUCCAAAAUCAAUCCUCGGCUUUGUCAUUUUCUUAUACUAAUAUUUCUUAGAUACAGAGCUUUACUUUCACAUUGCCUCUCUUUACUCAGGAAUAUAGAUCAGGUACUGGUGAAUCUGAAGGAAUUCUCACAAAUAUAGCAAAUAGUUUAAUCACUGGUUGAAGGAAAAGGAAGCUGCAUUAAUGAUCAGAUAUAUUUAAAGAGCAACCAGUCAUCUCAAUUCAUACUAAAAAAAAAAAUUUUGGUUUCAAUUUUCUGAAUUAACCUUUUCACACAGGAUGAAGAUGAUGAGCCUAAAAAGAAGUUCUUAGGAAGUAAGUAGCAUUAUUUAAUAAAGGUUCCAUUGGAUUUAAAAAAAUUUGUGUGGAUAAUGUAUUUGCAGUAAACUUAGUACAAUAUUUGUAGUGAAAAAGUCUCAAAAAUGAAGUCCAUUAAUGCAAUUUUAAAACAUCAGAAAUAAAACAAUAAGAGUACAGACGCUGCUCGUGUCAACAUGUCACACAAUGGUCACGCACUGAGAGAAUCGUUUUAUAUGACGUUGAUAUAGUGGUAAAUAACAAAUUAACAGUGGUUUAGCAUUGUUGUACUCUUAUCAACAACGACAUUCGGACUCACUGUAAUGACGAAUAUCGUUGUCGAUAACUGUGCAGACCAUGCUAAACCAUUGUUGAUUUAUUAAAUCUUCUUGCAAAUCUUGACUUUUAUUGCAGACAAAAAAGAGCCUGUGAGUGUCACAAAUGGAAAAAUCAAAGAGGAACCGGUAAGUCCAUUGUAUUUAUUUUUCCACUGGAACCAAAAACGUGUCUUUGUUAUGAUUACAGUUUUGAGUCCCAACUGAACUACAUUGAAUCUAAGCUGAAGCAAAUAUUCAUUUUUUUAGCCCGAAGAUGAUGAUGUGGAUCCCUUGGAUGCUUUCAUGGCUGAUGUUAGCAAGGAGGUAGGUUGACUCUUGAACUCCCAUAAGUGACCUUGGCCAACAGAGGCAAGCGUAAAAAAAGAGCUGUAUAUCCUUUUAGGAGAUAAAAAUUAUUUUAGAUGGAUAGUUUGAAUAGAAGUUUUGAAAAUGCCGCAUUCUGUCUUUGCAGCUAUAGUUAGAGCUUUUUACUUACGAGAGUGCCCCUCGGGUACAAAACUUCAACUCGAAACCAUUUUCAACUGACUCAAAUUUUGAUUAUGUAUUUUCUGCGAUAACCUUUGUAAUGUUAACCUGAAUACGUAAGUGAACUUGCAUCUUUAUCAGCAUGAUGACUGCUAUAGUCUGGUCACCAAGGUACCUUUCUUUGUUUUACCAGGUGAAAAAAAUCAAUGCUUUGGAUCAGAAGAAAAAAGUGGGAAAGGCUGGAAAGGCAACAGUUAUAACUCAUGUUGUAACAAAACCAAAAAAGAGGGUGGGUGAAAAACUCUCUUAUUGCUUUGUAAAUCUUUAUUAUAACAUAGUUGGAAAUGCAGUAGUCUAUGGUCAGCUGACUGGCCCUGGUUGUUCAAAGGAUCGAUAAUGCUAUCCAUUUGAUAUAUCUUUAUCCACUGGAUAGCGCCUUACGUUUUGUUAACACUUAUCCACUGAAGAGCGAUUUAUUUGUUUGAUAGCGUUAUCUGCCCUUUGAGCAACUGGGUCAGGACUCUAAGCUCAUAGAUCUGUGUUUAACCUUGGCAAGGACCUUGUUUUGUGUUCCUAGGCACAAUAAUUAACUCUUACCAGACCUCUCUCUACCCAGUGAGCAAAGCGAUUUUGUAUUUAUGAUACUUUUUUCAAUUUUUUUAUAAGGAUCCCACUAAAGGGGAAUUAAUGGAAAAUGACCAAGAUGCCCUGGAGGUAAGACUCAACCACAAUAGUUAUUUGUACUUGCAUAUUAAGUCUAGGUCGUUUUCUAAUGGGCUCAAGAUUGGCUCACUUGCGCAUGCUCUACCUUUGACCGCUGUGCUCUAUAGAGGAGAACCCCUUCCUCCAGUUCAUUUUAUGAAAUAAUUGAACUUAGUGCUUAACAACGUACAUUUAUCUUUUGUUGCCUUUAGUAUUCCUCUGAAGAUGAAAAAGAAGACGAAACCAUAGAGUCAACCUAUGCACACUUUAAAACCAAGAAAAAGAAGGUAUUUUUAAGACAGUUCAGUCUUCCGCAAAAGAUAUAAUGGUAUAGGCGUUAAUUUCUCUUUAAGGCAAACGACCCAUCAUCUGUUUUUUCCAAACUAAGCUCGUGCUUCACAGAGUGUUUAUUUAUAAGGGUUGUUGAACCAAAACCAAAGAAAUGAAAAUAGGCAAUAAGAAAAAAAGGAAAAUGUGUUGAAGAGUCAAUGACAACUCAAAGUAAAAACUAGCAAACUGACUAGAGCGCGGGAAAACGCGGGCGACGGAGUCGUGAACGGUUUUAAUUUUGGAUCUGAUUGGUUAAGAAAAUGGCGCGAGUUUUGUGGACCAAUCACAGAGCGAAGUUUGCAAAACCGAAACAAUCCCUGGGCUGCUUUCAAUACAAUUAAAAAUUGCUUCAUCUCGCGGAAGGCAUGUUGACGCAUGAACCAGUUCUUAUUUUGAGUGGCUCUCAGAGCUAAAAACGUCUUGUAGCCUCUUAAAAGUACAAAAAAAAAAAACAAAAAAAAAAUAGAGAAAACACGGGAUAUUCUCAGCUGAAGAGCUUUGAAGAAACCAUGCGUACGUAGUUUGGGUUUUGUCGAGAAAGUUGUAUCGGUAGUAACAUCAGAGAUUUUUUGAAAAGAUCCUCAAGUUGCAUUCGGCUAUUCUCUUAUGAAUCUGCUUACUUUUUGUAUCUUUUAGGAUCUACAGGCUGUUGAUCAUGAUAAAGUGUAUUACUCUUCAUUCAGAAAGAAUUUUUACGUCGAAGUUCCGGAGCUUGCAAAAAUGACCCAAGAAGGUAUACUGUUGGUUGGUCAUUUUGUUAGUUUAAGUAGUGGAUCAAUUCUAUAGAAUUCCACUCAUUUUCAGUUGAUAAGUGUUUCAAGUGAAGUAUUGUGACGAUUUGACAGACUUAAUUGCCUAGCCCAGCCCCUAGAGAAAUCACGAUUUUGUCAGAAUUGACUGAUCUUUUCCUUUCAGUUUCUGAUGAAAUGGCUAUGAAUUAUGAAAAAAAAGGGAAUGUUUUUCUUUUUUGUUUCCAGAGGUCGAUGAAUACCGUGCAAAGCAAGAAAACAUCAGAGUUCGUGGCAAAGAUUGUCCAAAACCUGUUAAAACAUGGGCCCAGUCAGGAGUGAGCCUGAAAAUUCUUGAUGUUCUGAAGAAGUAAGUUUGUGUGUUUAUGUUGGGCAACAAAGUAAGAUCUAGAGAAAAAGGUGUUUUUCGUCUUGACACGGUACUCAAACCAGCUGUGACUUGGCUGCCCGCGUUUUCCCGCGCUUGAGACAGUUUGCAUGUUGCAACUUUGAAUUCUCAUUGGCUUCUUGUGGUAUUUUCCUUGCGAUUGGUCCAGAAAACUUGCGCCACUUUCGUAACCAAACAGAUGCGAAUUUUUAAACCAAUUGUUUUUUUGUCAUUCACCUCAGUUUACUUGCCCUUCAGGGCGGAGGUAAAUUGCUUUACUCUGUGUUCUCCUCGGCUCCUUGUACAUUGUCCUUUGUUUUGAUCGGCCUUUGUGAUACCCUGUGUAAAAUCCCCAUAUUGUUACUGAAGCUACUUACAGUGUAGAAUUGUUUCGUUUAAAGGAAUGGCUAUGAGAAACCCACGCCCAUUCAAGCUCAAGCGAUACCCGCCAUUAUGAGUGGUAGAGACAUGAUCGGUAAGGAAAGACAUCAUGAAAGAAACCUGUAGAUUUUAAUAAAAGUUUGAUUACGAGUAGGAGAAUUAAGUUACUUAAAAAGUACAUACCUCAUGAGGCAUCAUUGUACUCUUCAUUAGCGGUAAAGUUUGCGUAGUUGUUGUUAUUGAACGAAAUCGAGCAGUGUCUUGAUUGAAAAAUUGAAAAAAACUGCUCAUGUUUUUGCAUCUUGUUUUGCCUGUACACCAUUUUAACAGAGACUAGUGCUGUGGACUGUUAUUGGGAUUUUCCCGCUAAAAUGACGCAGGCACGCACGCGCCCACCGUUUCACGGUCGGAAAAUCUCCAAGUCGCAGUUGUACUUCUCUUAUGAAAAAUCAUAGGAGCAUUUUUCACAGUUCUAUUGGUUUACUUUUGAUCUUCUUUUAGGAAUUGCUAAAACAGGAGGUGGUAAGACGUUAGCGUUUCUUCUGCCAAUGUACCGCCAUGUUCUUGACCAGCCUGAACUUGAUAGGGAGGAUGGACCGAUAGGUAAUGUAGAUCAGACUGAAGAGCAAUUUUCAACUGACUGUCGAAAGUAAUCUGGGAUUGCCUCGGUUUUGCUUUACUUCGCUCUGUGAUUGGUCCAGAAUACUCGCGCCACUUUGUCAACCAAUCAGAUGCAAAACUAAAUCCAAUCAUGACUUGGUCGCCCGCGUUUUCCCGCGCUUUGAGAAUUUUUUUUGUUUUUACUUUGAUUUCUUAUUGGCUUUUAAAGGUAUUUUUCUUUCAUCCGACUGGCCGUUAUUGCUUUAGUUGAGGUUUUACGACACUCAUUCGAAAAGCUCUCUAAAGAUCAAGUUUUCAAAAGCAUCUCUCCAGUGCAAUUGUUUUUCUCUACUUCGCUCAUUAAUUGGUUUAGAAAACUUGUUCUCUCUUCUCAAAUGCGAUACAAUACGGUUAACGUCCGUGAGUUGGUCACUUGCGUUUUCCCGCCCUUUGAAUUCUCAUCGGCGCCUUGUAAGGCUAACCUCACUCCUGAUUGGCCGUCGUGGCUGAGUGACAGCUGUUGAUUCGCUGUUGGUUUUCGUUGAUGGACAAUCAGUCGAGCAGCUUCCUUUAUUAAUUUUUCCUUUAGGAAUCCUCACAGUAAACUUUAGUCUAAUUAUGUGAUUUGGUAGUACACUGAAUUAUGAGAAAAUAUUGUUGGAUCAGCAUCACGUUCCAGUUAUUCGAACUGUUUUCUGAACUUACAGGAAUAAUUAUGACUCCAACAAGAGAACUGGCUCUUCAAAUUUUCCGAGAGUGUAAGAAGUUCUGCAAGCCUCUUAAUCUGCGAGCUGUCUGUGUGUACGGUGGCACAGGAAUCAGCGAACAGGUUAGGAGUAGAAUCCUAUUUAAAAUCUUGUAAUGUUUGUGUGUAAUUAUAUCAGGGAGAAUUUAGUCCUCUCCGAUAGAGGAAUUUGGUUUUCGCUCGUGAAAAAAUAUAAGGUCUUGAGCUAUGCGAACUGGAGGCUUUUGAAAACGGUGAAGAAAAUGUCCUUUUUUCGUCGCUUCCCUUGGCGUUCUCGGGCGUUUAACCUUUUAUACCCUAACAUCAGUAUGCAUUUUCUCCAUACUGUUCUCUAUACUUUUCCUGAAGUGCUGACAAGGAGAAUUUGUUUAAAAAUCAAGAGCUUUAUAAGUUGGUGAUCAUUUCCUUGAUUCCCGUUACCCUUAUGUUUGAUUCAGGGGUGAUAAUGUAAGGAGAAAAUAGUAGCUGGUCACUCUUAGGGCUUAAAAGGUUAAUGUGGGCAAUUAGUGAAAACGCAUCGAAAGGUAUGCUUUUCGAAUGAAAACGCAGUGAUGUGUUCAGGUGAGGGCAAACAAAAGGUGUGGGCGAAAGAUUUUCCUCGUUUUGGUUCAUUGGUUGAGACUAAAACGAAUUCUUUUUACCUGUUGCACCCUAACAUCAGUAUCCAUACUCUCCAUACUUUUUUCUAUACAUUUCCUUUGGUACUGACAAGGAGAAUUUGUUUAACAAUCAAAGCAUUUUACGUUGGUGAUCAAUUCCUUUAUUCUCAUGAUCUUAAUGAAUGAUUCAAUAGUAUUACUGUAAAGAGAAACUAGAUGCUGGUCACUCUAAGGUGUCGAAUGGUUAAAAACGGGUUUGUGCGGGCCCAAUAUGAAGGAAUACCUACCCGAAAGUCUGUUGAUUUUCCUCGCUGAAGUCCUUUCUCCAUUUUUUUGGUCAUAACGGUUUUUUUUCAUAAGAUUGCAGAGCUCAAACGUGGAGCAGAAAUCAUUGUUUGCACUCCUGGCAGGAUGAUAGACAUGCUGACGGCGAAUAAUGGUAAUUUCAAACGAUGAGGAUAUGUUUUUAUUGUUGCUUUUAGUUAACAAUUGGACUAGUUGCCCCAGCUGAUAAGCCAAAUGUUUUUCUUCCAGGUCGGGUGACAAAUUGUCGACGUUGCACGUAUUUAGUUCUGGAUGAAGCCGACAGAAUGUUUGACAUGGGAUUUGAGCCUCAGGUAGAACAACAAAAACAUAAAAAACUAUCAAGCAAGGAAACGAUCUUCGCAGGUGGACUGAGAAUUUUGCAUUACAGAAAAGAAGCCUGCAAAAAUCCAGGAUUUGACGAUAUUCGAACCCAUGCUCUCAGACACUUGCUGGACGCUACUAUCAACUGAGCUACAAAGCCUCAUUUUGAGAGCGAGGCAAAUUUUAGGGAGUUCUUCUUUCUCUCGCAUCGGAAUUUGAUAACUUGUGAUGGUAGUAGCGCUCAACUAGUAUCUGGGAGGCACGUGAAUCCUGAAUUUUUUAAAGAUUUUUUUCCUGCUUUUGUUAAAAUUGUACCUCACCAACGGGGAUCAUUUCUUUGCUUAAUUUUCAUCCAUUGGUCAAAGAGAAUAUAAUUCAUUGCGAGUUGUUCUGAGAAACUUGGUCGCAGUGAUUUUAUCGGCGGUGAAAUAGGAAAGAGUUGAACUUGGAACACUAGGAGAAAAAUAAAAAGUUCCACUCAGCUGUUUCACCCUCCAAAAAGUGUCCUUUUAUUUUUAAGUUAUGAACUUGCCGCCAUAGUCUUAGGAGUUUUCCUUUGCAUCUGGGCAGUCUUUGUUUUUUCUACUUCAAAAGAAUAGAAAGUCAUUGGUCGUGUGGUCAGGGUAGUUUUUGCAAGUUCUUUCACGCGAAGUGUUGUCCCAGGUAAGAGGAUAUGUAAAAAUCAUCUAACCCUUUAACUCCCAUGAGUGACCAAGAGUGAAUUUCUCCUAACUAUAUCCGUACAACAUCAAGCACACAAGUGAUGAGAACAAAGAUAAAUAUCACUAUUCGUUGAUCCGAUACCAAAUUCUCCGAACUAACAUCAAAAGAAUUUUAUGGUAGACAGUAUGGAGAAUUACUAGUGAGAUCAAGGGAGCGAAAGGGUUAAGCCAUUUUGAAGCUCGAAUCAAAUAAGCAGAAACGAUACAAAAGCGUGGACAGGUAGAUUAAUGAUGAAAAAUUCUUGUUCCUAUCUCCUACUCAGGUGAUGAGAAUUAUCGACUGUAUCAGACCAGACAAACAGACGGUUAUGUUUUCUGCGACUUUCCCUCGCCAGAUGGAAGCUUUAGCCCGGAAGAUCCUUAUAAAACCAAUUGAGGUUAGAAAAAAAACGUAGUUUAUAAACGGAUUAUAUUUAAGUCAACUUUGGUUUUAAUUUCUGAACUUGAAGUUACUGCGUCGCUUUAUAUUGUCUUCUUUCAUGAAAACUGUUGAUAUUUCUGACUCGGUGAAUGUGUUGUUAAUUAAAGUUUUUGAAAUGUUUUGUUUUUUAAGAUACAAGUUGGCGGUCGAAGUGUUGUUUGUUCAGAUGUUACACAACAUGUGGUAAGAAUUCUCACAAAGGCGAGGUAUUUAAUCCAUUGGGUAACCAAAGCGUUUGAAAAUUUCCUAAAAUCCGCUCAAAAAAUCCUACUGUGGACGCAGCCAUUUUAAAAACAGCUCAUUAUCCUCACCUUACACGCAAACGCCAAACGCCAGGUUUGCAAACAACUGCUGCUCUGGCUUUCGCAAUUUAUCAUUAUUUCAGUCAAGAAUACCUUUUUCGUGUAGCCCCUUAACCCUUUAAGUCCCACCAGUGACAUAGACAGAAUUUCUUUUUGCACUUAUCAGUACGAUAUCAAGCAGAAAAGUUAUGAGAAUAAAGAAAAAUAUCAAUAAGGGGAUUAUUGGUCGAUUCAAUUCCAAAUACUCCAAACUAACAUAGUGUAUGGUAGACAGUAAGGAGAAUUACGAAUGAAAUCUUUGGAGUUAAAUGGUUACCGUUCAAACAAAUCACUAGGUUGCUGAGCGAGAUUGAAAAUGGUGGCCUCCUUUGAGGAAUUUGAAGCACAUUUGAGGAUAAUUUUCGAAAGGUUCGGUUGCUCUUUGAAUCUCAAACGCGGUUAGGGUCAUUAUUCUCAUAUAUGCUUUUAAUGGCGUGAACAAGAAUUAUCUGCUUUCCGUGACUUACUUCUCCAUGUAGUUUGUUAAUGCGGCUGACAAAGGGUUUUUAUGUUCAUAUAACCGAAUGCCGUUAUUAAUUUAACGUGCGCGCAUGUGUCUUCUGUUUGUUAGGUUGUUAUUGAGGAAGACGACAAAUUCUUAAAGCUACUUGAGUUACUUGGUAUUUACCAGGAGGACGGUUAGUGUUCUAUAGCUAUAUAUGAUGUAAAAUAGCAGUAAUAUAUUUUUAGUUGUGUUUGAAGAAAGCCAAAAACUGAAAAAAAAAAACAAACAAAACGAAAAUUUAAAAGUGACUAAUCUUUACUAAUGGCAUUUCUCGCGGCUGAGGACGAAAAUCGACAACUGUCAGUAAAGCCUAUGGUGUCUAUAUGAUAAACUAAAUAAAACAUGAUUGUUCGUUGAUAUGGAAUUUCUCUUCUCUUGUUCAAUUGAAAAUCUCACUCGUUCUCUUCAGUCAUUCGUGAGAUAUCGAGGUGAACACGCGAAGGGAAAUGACUGAACAGAAGAACAGAACAUUGUUAAAUAUGCAUACGCAUAUACACACGUCCUUAGACCGCACAAACCCAAAUUAUAACAUACGCAAAUAUGUAUUGCAGACGCACAUACAUAUGUAUACGAACGUAUACAUACACGCGCUUACUCGCAUGCGUAUGCAUGCACAUAUGCUCGUACAUACAAUGGUAGGGAUUCACGCACCGACCGAAACAAAAAAUCAAGUGAAAUAGGAUUUAUAUUAUUAUCUUAAUCAAAAUAUAUAAUUUCUAUUGCUAAGCUGUCUGUGUGUUUGGUUUCUCACCGUGUAUGUUUCGUCUCUUUAGGUAGCGUUUUGGUGUUUGUAGAAAAACAAGAAAACGCCGAUAUGUUGUUUAAAGAUUUGCUGAGAAGGUCCUAUCCAUGUCUGUCUCUCCAUGGAGGUAAUGUAACGCGGUUUCCUCGGUUAGGUUUUGGAUUGAGUCUUGUGUGACCACACUAGUAGCGUUUGCAGACAAGGAUUGCAAUUGAAAUAACCUUCCUCAUCUCUUUGAACUUCAAGAUUGUGGAGCGAUUACAAUCGAAAAGAGGCGAAGAGUGGAUUUCUCUGUAUGGGCGGCUUACACUUUUGUCAAGCUGAUAAUUUGGGACGCAUCACUUCGAUUUAAUAUAAAUCAUUGCAUUUGUUCGACGGGACGGGUGUCCUCUGCCCAGUGCUUUUCUUUAAGGGCAACCUGACGAAAAGCUACUUUCUGAGGAGGGGUGGAAGUGACAAGGAUAAAUAGCAUUCAUUCACCCUCCCAGGGGGAGACAGUUUUUUUUAUAUAAACCAAGCAGUAGUUUAGAAGCCGAUUUUGUUCCCGACCCUCCCCUCCCUCCUCCCCUUUUCUUCACUCACACGACCAGAGAAGCUACGUUUUAACUUAUUCUCAAACUGCAUUCUUGAGGAUUUUUGACAUUCAUGCUUUUGGGAUUGUAAUAAAAUCGUGUUUGCUAUUCUGUCAGGCAUGGAUCAGUUUGAUCGUGACAGCACAAUAGCCGACUUCAAAAAUGGCGUCUGUAACUUAAUGGUAAGACCACCGCAUAUUAUGUUAGAAAUUAAGUUUAUAUCAGACCUUUGUUUUGAAACUUUGAAGUCUCCCCACGUGCUUAUCAAAGGACUCUGAGACGAUACAAUAGCUCUAGUUCACGAAUUCUCUCGGUUGUCCCACAGAUUGCAACCUCCGUGGCAGCGAGAGGCCUGGAUGUGAAACAGCUGAUCUUGGUUGUGAAUUAUGACUGUCCGAAUCACUAUGAAGAUUAUGUACAUCGAUGUGGGUGAGUUAGGACUUACCUUAUCAAAGGUGAACUCUUAUCUGUACCUCUUCUUUUGAUGCAACAAGCCACAGAAGGCGGGAACUGGAUAUACGGGGUUUUUUUUCUCGCUCUUUUUGUUUUGCUUCUAGAUCGAUUGUGUGGCGUGACAAUCAAGCGAAAAGAGGCGGGAAAAAAGCCACGUGCGGCAGUUUUUUCCUGCCUGUUUUAUUUGCCUUUUCGGUCAACGGUGAAUGAGAGAAAUGUUUCACUUUCACUAGUAAAAUAUAUUUCGGGCCAGCACCAGGGAAACGCUCUCUAAAAUGAAAUACAGCAGUUUUAGAGAGACCGUCAAAUUUAAAUUCUCGCCAAUCUCAGAGGGAAGAGCUGAUAUUGUGUCAAAUCCUGUUUAUCUUUGUGCUAGAAUUCGUCUUUACAACAGCCGUUUUGAAAGAUGUUUCGGUUAAAAAAGUGUUUAACAAUCGAUUGAAUUACCGUUUCAUUGUCAGGUCUUAAAUUUAUCUCCUCAUAAAUUUAUGUCCUCAGAACGCAUUGGACUUUGUCUCAAUAUAAAGAAGAAGAGUAUUCUCUUGUAAAAACAAAGUAUUUUUUUUUCAGGCGUACUGGCCGUGCUGGUAGAAAAGGAACCUCUUAUACAUUUGUUACUCCUGAACAAGGACGGUAAGACCAUCGUUCACGUGAAAAUUAUCGAAGAUUUUUGUUCAGCUUGUUAUUUAACUUCAACAGCUUAUGUGUUUUUUUAUCUUUUCAACAGACAUGCAGGUGACAUCGUCAAGGUACAAACUUGGAAAUUUUUCAUUAUACUGGACCUCAUUUAAACCAGCUUGCGCUGAACUGGAUACAUUCUGUUUUGAAAAUUCGCUCAAAUUGAGGAAAAUAACCUAAGUUUUCCAUGAACCAGGCAGUGAAAGUCGCGUUGGCGUUAUGGUUAGUGCGCUGGACUUCCAGUCGAGGGGUCCUGGCCAGGUCAUGAUGGUGUGUUGUUGUGUGCAGGAGUACACAAGAAGCUUAAAUGAGCCAUGGCGCAUUAUUAAGGCACUAUGACGAAAUGGUGGCGAUUAUUCUACGAUUGACAAACAUAUAACCCAGGGAAUACGCUUGUCCAACAAGCCUUGAAAAUCGCAGUAAAUGUCGAGAGUAUUUAGCGACGAGGUUUUAUUUCAAAGUGAAAUGGGAUCUAAAGCAAGAUUUGAAGGGACUAAGUUUUUAUCUCUCGGUUUGGUAAUGUAUGUAUUUUUUUACUUUAGAUAAAAACAGUUUAACGUCGUUUUAUGUGUGUCUCUCUCUCAUCGUAAAUUCUCCAGGCUUUAGAACUGUCCGGUGCAGAGGUUCCAGAAGAUCUUCGUAAGCUUUGGAAUGACUAUACAGAAGAGAGAAAGGCGGUAAGAAUUCAUACCUAAAUGGUAUCUUAAGAUGGACUAACUUUUUACUUCUUUCAAUGGAAAGGUAAAGUUGGUUCGGUUGACUUAGGACUUGCUUAUAGAGCAGUUUUCUGCUGAGUGUCGAAAGUGAUCGAGAUUAUUUUGGCUUUUUUUCAAAAAGCUCUCUGAUUGGUCCAAAAAAAACACGCGUCGUUCUCACAACCAAUCAGACGUAACAUGAAAACCAAUCGUGACUCGGUCACGUGCAUUUCCCGCGCUUUAGGCCAGUUACAUAGAGUUUUUAUUUCUAAUUGGCUUCAGUUAUGAUGAUGACUUUGGUUUUUUUGAGUUAUGCAACCCUCAUAAAGGAAGUUCUCUACUUUAAUUAAAUCUUACGUUAAUUAUCUUGCAGGAAGGAAAGAAUGUAGUUAAAAACAGCGGCUUCACCGGAAAAGGUUUGUUUUAAUCAAAUUAAAGAUUUAAUAUAUUGACUAGCAUAAUAAGGCUACAUGGCAGGAGUCAUUUGGUGCAGUUUUAAGGUGAGCGGAGAUACGCGCGUGGCGAGCAUGAGGUGUAAAAUGCGCACCUUCCCAUCGCGCGUGUAUUGCCGCGCGUGCUUACCACGCGAGCAAGUCAGAAGUGCGAGCCGAGCGCGUUAGCCACACCCUGUUCUGCACGCUAACACUUAUUUGACUGCCUUCAAAUGAGCUGAAGCCCUCGUACGCGAAGUUGCUUCAGAGGAAAAGUACUUGUCCUUCAUGCUUUUGAAAUAUAAUUUCUUUUAACUGAUCUGUUUUUCUAGGAUUCAAAUUUAACGCGGAAGAAGAGGCUAAGGUUAACGAGGCGAAAAAGAUACAGAAAUGGGUGUGUACAUGUUCCGCUGUAGUUAAAGUCAUAGCCUGGUUUGCACUGGUGAUAUAACGAUGUAAACAUAACAACAUAGGAACGUCACUUUGUCACUUGUAUGGAGGUGAGUUUUAUUUCUUUGUCUUUGGCAGGCUCUUGGUCUUCAAGACUCAGAUGAUGAAGCGGAAGCCGAAGAGAAAGCUGUGGAGGAAGUGAGUGCUAGCGAAGCAAACUUUUAUUACAUGUUCUCUGAACGCGGUGGCCUUACGUCGAUCAUGCUUUUUGUCGAAAGUUUCGAGUAGGAGCUCUUACUGGGUCAUUGUGUUGUGUAAAAGGGUCGUGGUAAAUUGUCAGGGAGACCCUACUAGGUGGAUAGGGGAGGGGAGGGGGGUUUGUUAUUUGGGAUUAGCAUGCGCGCUAUUCAGGAGGAGAAGGGAUGUUCCUAGUUGAUCCAUGUCAGGAAAAUAAGAUUGGUUUCUAGCACCUGGGAACCAUGCCCAACUUCAUGACUAUUUUAUUAUGAACCACGCAAAUCAGCUUUUACUGUCCUAAACGUGUAUUUUCGACUUUUUUUCCGCCAGAUUGACAAAAAGUUGGAUGAAGUAUUUAGUAAAGGCAAACCUCAUAUCAAAAAAGCCGCUCCUGAAGCCAAAGGGGAACAAAUCAAAGGAGAGCAACAAGGUAAAUAUGAGUGUGUUAUUCGUUAAAAUGUGUUUAAUCUGCCUCCACCACUGAUCAAAUAAUUAUUUCAUCUGUGUCUGUGCUUUUCAGCAAAACUUAACUUGGCCACAAGUAUUGCUGCGAAAAUCAACCAGAAGAUUAUCGCCGGGACGAACGUGAGUACAACGGGUUCCCUCUUUUGUAGUUACCUUUUCCUAUUCUUCCCUCCCCUCCCUCUAAAAUAUAUAGACGCCAUAGUGUAACGGUUAAUCCGAGUCGAGAGGUCUGGGUUCGAAACCUAGCCUAGCUUGAUCAUUGUGCCGUGUUCUUAGACAAGACACUUUAGUCUCACAGUGCCUCUUUCCUCUCAGAAGUUGAAAGGAUAUCAGCAAAGUGACAAAGUAAAAUGACUUAAUGCUGGGGGCUAAUCUGCGAUUGACUGACAUCUCAUCCAGGAGGGAGUAGGAAUACUCUGAGUCGCUUCAUGCUACAAAGCAUUGUGCGUCACUUUUCUGGGGUGCUUGCCCUCCUCAAAAAGAUGAUGGUGGUUAGAGCUCUUAAGGCAGCAAUGAUUUCCGCUUAAGUUGUCGAAAACUCAGUCACUACAACCGUCAGCAGUUCUUCUCAGUAUUAUUCCCACUUUAUGUCUUUCAUGGUAGAGUCAAAGUGAUUUUUUUUUGUCUUUCACAGAAUAUGGAUCCGACUCAGCAAGCUGCCAGUCAGAUUAUCAAGGGAGGAACUGUUACCGCCCUUACUGUGAGUACGGAGCCACAUCCAAUCACCACCCUUUUGAUAUGUCACGCUAUGUUGCGUGAUAUCUCCUUGUCACGCUUGUUUUCAAUCAGAGUGGUUAAUUUUUCUAAUACCAAGAAACAGUAAAGGGUUACAUAAAUAAAGAUUGUGUCAAAAUACUUGUCACGUGGGUGGAGCAAAGGAAAAUCUGAUUUUUCCGUGUGGGUGCCAACCCCAGAACUUCCAAUGAUGCGUUGAAUAUUUUACCAAGGAUAAUCUUCUUGUAUAGAGAGGGAAUGUAGGAAAGCUGGUAAAUCUGAGACUCGGAAAAAGAUGGUAAUAGCAUUUCUAACGAGAGUAGAAAAAACAGAACACCUGACUGAAAAAUAAAGGGUUAUCUUCAACUUUUAAGGUAUAAUGUAAUCCGUGAUUUCUUGUUAGGGCCUGGGUCUAGCUAAGCAACUUGCCGAAAAGAUUCAUGGAAAGAUCGGCUACGAAGCUCCAGUGGAGGAAGUGAAACAAGAUGAGAAAAAAACAGAGGAAGAACAGCGGUACGAGGAUGAGGUGGAGAUCAACGACUUUCCUCAAACAGCUCGGUGGAAAGUCACUUCUAAGGUGAGAAGUCUAACAGGGAACCAAAACCUCUUUCGAGAAAUUGUUCCAGGAUUGCUUAGGUUUCGCUCGUUGUCCAUAGUUUAGUCAACUUAUUCAUUUGUCUUUUGUUUUUCCAUAGGAAACUAUUAUGAACAUCACGGAGGUUUCUGAGGCAGCCAUUACUGUGCGUGGAACCUUCUUCCCUCCAGGUCUUGUACUGGCUUUCUUUAACUCUUUACACCCUAACAUCAGUAUAUAUUUUCUCCACACUGUUCUCUAUACAUUUCCUAUGGCACUGACAAGGAGAAUUUGUUUAACAAUCAAGAGCUUCUUUAGUUGGUGAUCAUUUCUUUAAUUCUCAUGACCUCAAUGUUUGUUUUUGGGGUGAUAUUGAUGGGAGAAAAUGGUUACUAAUCACUCUUAGGGGUUAAAGGGUUAAUAGACUUCUUUCAGGUCAUGUGAUAAUACUCUAGAGAACUGUUUGUUUUCAAAUUUCCUCUUAUUUACAUGCAUAUUUAAUCAUAAUUUUUCAAAAGGUAGAGCUGGGAAUUUCCUUAAGACCUGAAAUGGGUAAAAAAAAACCAUUAAGUUAAAGAGGUCUCUUAAAACCGUACUUGUAUGAGUUGACACUUUUAGAGAGAAACCGUAAAAUGUGCUCCUAGUUACAUCGGAAGCGUAUGACGUAGGAUGAAUGCUUCUGGUUGCAUUAAAUUAAACUCAGCAAAGAAACCCUGAUCCACAGAAAAUUCUUAUAAAUUUUUUUACGUUAAUAUUUAGGGAAAGAACCGAAGGCAGAAGGCGAAAGAAAAAUAUAUCUAUACAUUGAGGGUGAGUAGACUAAUGCGAUGAAAACUUAUUGAAAUUCUGAAAAGUAACGAAGAUACAUUAAAAUUAACAGUUUGUAAAGAACUUCUAGUACCCUCGAUGUGUAAGCAAAGGUCAUGCGCAAAUUGUCAACUUUGUUUACUCAUUUUAACAAAGUAUGAUGCGUAGAAUGUUCUCGCCCUCCCUAACUAUGGAGAAGGAGUCAUUUAGCAAUGGAGAGAGGCCUGGUGUCGACUGGUGCCCCGGUUCUUUUUGAAAUCUCAUUUAUGACCUUUUGCUCGUUUCCAGGUCCUUCUGAACGUUCAAUCCAUCUGGCAAAACUAGAAAUAAAACGAGUCGUUAAAGAAGAAAUGAUUAGAUUGGUAAGUAAAACGAAUUACGCUCGUAGAUUCUUGGAGUCUCUAAUUCCUCUUUUCUGCUUAACAUUUUUUUGAGGAAAAAAAAUUUGGUCAGAGAGCACUCACUCCUUGGAACAGCUUCCUUGUCAUCUGCUUAAUCACAUUUGUAAUGCUUGGAAAACAUUUUUAGUUCUAAUUUGAAUCUUAACUAGAAGCAAGGCUUUAGCGAUAUUUUAUCCUUAAAUAGCGCAACGGUCGUUCACCAAAUUUGUGCCACAAUUAAACUUCUUAGCUAUUUUAUUAUAAAAGGUGCAACUUAAAACCUACUAUGACUUCAUUUUUUCUUCUAUGUCCGCGUAAGUUACUAAAACUAUGAAAUUAGGAGAUCCUCGCAGCUAAGAACACUACUGAAACGAGUAGUUGUAAAUAGGACCUGAAAAAAAUUCAGGCCCGUACGGGCUUUGAACCCAUGACCUCUGCGAUACCGGUGCAGUGCUCUACCAAUUGAGCUAACAAGCCAACUGGGAGCUGGUCAAUGAAUUGGGUACAAAUAAACAUCCAAAUGAAUCCAAAUCUUCAUUCAUUUGGAUGUUUAUUUGCUCCCAGUUGGCUUGUUAGCUCAAUUGGUAGAGCACUGCACCGGUAUCGCAGAGGUCAUGGGUUCAAAUCCCGUACGGGCCUGAAUUUUUUUCAGGUCCUAUUUACAACUACUCGUUUCAGUAGUGUUCUUAGCUGCGAGGAUCUCCUAAUUUCAUCUCUCCACCGCAGUGCAAAUAUGUGAAAAUCUUUACUAAAACUAUUUUUUCCUUUUCCCUCAGGGUUCCUUCCGUGGUCCUCAGUCUACUGGCAGAUACAAAGUUCUCUGAGAGGAAUGUUGAACGCACGAUCGUUCUCAUUUUUCAUUCACCGACACUUCCUGUUAAUCCUCUGGGCGUGCCUCGCUUUCUAAUUCUAGCCGGCUGUCUUCCUAAUGUGAAGAAAGUUUUUUAGUCACACAUUACCACUAGCACUUCUUUGACAGGCAACUUGACAGCUUGUGAACAACUUUUUCAAGUUCGUUGUUUCCGAUCUUUAAGAACCCUCUCCAUCUUCGGCCAUCCAUGUUCCUUCUUGGUUUAAUAUCAUGUCUUGUGUUUUCACUUUUUAGUAACCAUUUUUAUAUACUGUAGCCUCCUUCAAGUCGAAUGCCGUUUUUCACGUCGCAAAAAUAGCUCAAAUUUCAUAAAAAGCUCCUCUAAAUAGGAUAAACCGUUUGGAGGAAAUGAAAGUUUUUUUUUUUUUUUUAGAAUCAAAGGUAUAGUCACAUACGCUGGGUCAGAAAACCAACCCUUUUUUUAGGUAGAUGAGUUUUUGUGUUUGUGUGCUCUACGUAAAUGUUUUUGCAUUGUGGCAUUUUGUAAGUUAGCUAAAGAUCUGCCAAUAAACUGUAAGGGAGUCUUUUUUUCUGUUAGAGGGAAGCUUUUCAAUGAUUAUCAAACUGUCCGUUAUAGAUCGCUUUCAAAUUGAGAAUCGUGCAAUCAAAACCAAAGUUUUCACAACAGACAGUCAAAGCAAAGGCUGACAUACAAAAAACCACUAAGAACUCCUCUAAGUGUAAACAAGCUAACUGCUUUUGGCUCGGGAAAACGUUUAUACCUCGCUGCCGUCUGCAUUCUUGUAAGUUUUGCAUCUGAUUGGCUAAGAGUGUCGAAAGUUUUCUGGACCAAUCACAGAGCGAAGUAAAGCAAAACCAAUGGAAUCCCGAAUUGCUUUCCACACUCAGUUAAAAAUGUCUGUAAAACCUCACUUUCUCGGCAAGACACCAACAAGCUGUUGUUGCAGUGUGUGGUUGUAAACAAUAAAAGUAAAUUAUUGCAGCUAGG